AUGGCUACAUUGGCUGAUGUUGGGCCUGAGGAGUUGAUGAGCAUCUUGACAUCAGAGACGCUCACUCUCAUGCCAAGUGACUCUGAUACGCCUUUGCAAAUUCAUGAGCGUCUGCUCGCCUCCGUGUCGCCGGUUCUUCGUACCGUGCAGCAGGGAAGAUGGGAGGAAUCUGCCUCUAGAGUCUACAAAUUCCUCAAAGGCGACGAUGGAUUUUACGAAGACGUUACCAGAGAGAUGUUAACGUGUUUCAUUAGAUGGGCUUAUCUUGGGGACUACUCGACUGAGAUUGUGGGGAUCUCGUCGUACGUGGAGGAACACUUUGUGGAGCCAACACCCGACGUGUGGGAAAGCUCUUGGGCUCAUACAAAAGGCAAAAAAGGCAAAAAAGGCAGGUGGUGGGACGAGGAUAUGACAGAUCCUACACCGCGGCCUGAGCCAGAGCCGCUGUCUGGUACAAAGGGAGGCCCAUCUGAAGAGUCGAUUCAGGAUGCCGACAAAGUCAACGAAAUCCAAGCUAGCGGAUCUCGUAUCGAGACGACCACACGUAUUCAUCCGCUUUUCCUUCAUAUCCAACUCUACGUCUUUGCCAAUGUAUACCUGAUGAGCUCCCUAAAAGAAAUUUCUAAGCACAAGAUUAUUGCCUACCUCAAGAAGGUGGAGAAUUCCUAUUCAAUGGGUCCCUAUACGAACGCGAUCUUCGAACUUCUCGAUUGUGCGUCCUCGUACCUCCCCGACUCGGAUCCUCUACUUGAUUGGCUUGCGAGAUAUGCUAGCUGGAAAUUGGCACUCCUUAGGCAGGAAUCCGAGAGACUAGAGAAUUUGGUAAGGAAGGCAGACGGAAAGUUUGCUGGGCUACUAGUUCGGCACGUUGUUCCUAGUCAAAAAAGUCCAUUCGUAUCGCCCUCUUAG